AUGAGUAAUGGUUCAGAGCGUUCGAAUAGCACCGAGACUCCAUCGGUGGUGAAAAAGCGCUCUUUGAGUAAUUAUUUGUCUAAUAUUCAAAAGAGAAAGCAGGAGCUUGAGCAAAUCGGCAAAAAGAAGGAAGGCUCUAAAGAAGAUGACAAGGGACCUACAGCUGGUCCAAAAUGUGUGGUAUCUGAUCACGGAAGACUGGAAAGUAAGGGUGCAGUUACCAAUUCAAAUGAUGGCUCUACAGGUGAUUCUCGUACGUCUGUGAAUGUGAACAUUAAUGAAACCAAAUCCGUAUCACAGGAGAAAUCCAUUGUUGAAGAACCUUUAAAGAAGGAUGUUGCAGAUUCUGAGGCCAAAAUGCCCGCAAUUCCACAGAAUGCCAAUUUGGCAAGUGCAAGUGAGCAGUUGGCCGAGGAAAAGCCAUCUACGCCUAAGGACCGGCAAGAUUCAGGUGAAAUAAAGGCUAAUGCAGAAAGAACUGACGAAAAUAUAAUACGAGACAAGGCAGUCGGGAACAUCCAAGACGCACAAUCCAACAGUAUGCUACCGAAGUCGUUAGAAAAUAUGGAACCCAAAAAACCAGCAUCACAUUCUAAUGUAAGCAUGAAAGGCGAUAUGGAGGAGCCUGUUCUCGAGCCGCAUGUCGUAAAACAGGAAGUUCAGACUCACACGGAACACCCUAGAGAACAAGAAAGUAAUAGUAAACUGACAAAGACAAAGUUGGUGAGUAUGUUGCGCACUGUCGACCAGAAUGCCGCGGAGCACUAUACCGAAGACGAAGAAAGCGAAUUAAGUGAAGUAGAAAGUGACGCCCCCACCGAGCCUGCGUCUCCUCCUAGACCGAGGUUGGGCAGACUGGUACGGGGCGAUCAACUCCGAUCAUCCCCUCGGAGGAUCCCACGUUUGCAUUCUGCUAACAGUGAUGAGUCGGAAUUAUCAGAUCUGGACGAAUUGAAUCAGGUUCCACUCUCGAGUAGUAUAUUGCAUGGCGAUUCGCCGCCCGACAGAACCUCGCACUUCAAUUUGAAGUCAUCACCCAUGGCCUCACUGAAGAGAUCUCAUGCAUCGCCAACUCAUGCAAGAGCUUACACUGCCAUGAGAAAACAACUGAAACCAAAAAAAAGUGGUGUUCACCGCGAUGCUGGCGGCCGAACCAAGUUACAAAUAUCGUGCGACAAGGGAAAAUAUGAUAACGCCAAGCGACUAAUACAGGAGGGGUUUAACGUUAAUGAUCAAGAUAACGCAGGCAAUUCAUCUUUGCACGAAGCCGCCUUGAAUGGUCAUCUCGACAUCGUUGAGUUACUGCUUGAAAACGGAGCAGAUAUCAAUAUACAGUCGUAUGAACCCAUCAAAGAUACACCCUUAAUCGACGCAGCGGCGAACAGACACCUGGAUGUGGUGAAAUUACUUCUCAAGUUCAACGCUGAUCCAACAAUUUCGAAUGCAAAAGGCUUGACCGCGAUCGAAUCGAUCGAAGAAGAUUCGGACCUGGAUGACGAAGAGGUUAACAUUGUGGAAGGCCUAAAACGGGAGCUGAAAAAGGCAAUGGAAAGAUCCACAAGGGGAGACGAUAGACGUGCACGGUCCUCAUCGUAUACUAGAAACUCAGAUACCGAUAGGUCAUCUUCGAACAUCCGGAUGGAAGACGAAUUUUAUUGGACCGAUAUUUCUUCGAAGUUAGGACGAGAAAAGCUCUUGCGAGCCUCUAAGGAGGGAAGACUACCAUAUGUCGGUGCUUAUCUCGAAAAUGGGGGCCGUGUUGACUACAAGUCAUUUAUUGAAGCUGUCAAGUAUGGCCAUGAAGACAUAACAAGUUUGUUUUUGGCUUUUGGAGCGCAAGCUAACAUGACAACUCGCGAGGGACAAACCCCACUGAUGAUAGCGCUGGGACGUGGUCAUCAGGGAACGGUAAAACUUCUCUUGGAGGCCGGGGCAGAUCCAACUAUGCCAGAUAAAAAUGGAAGAUCUGUUUUGUCGUACGCUAAACAUAGCGAUUUGGGACUGAAAAGUAAGCAAGAGGUAGAAAUGAUACAAGAAGCGCUCGCUUUGCGCGAGAAGCAAGAUGCACACAUGUCGUCCAGCGAAUCCGAGACCGGUGAGGAAUUGCGAACCAAGGAAUCAAGCACGAAGCGGGAGAGUAGAAAGCCCAGUACCGAGAAAGUGACAAAAGAGGACUCUUUCGUACCAGAAGCCAGUGUAAGCUCACCACGGUCACCUAAUCUUUCGCGGAAACGUUCUAGCACUGCUGAGCAAGAAGAGCGCAUGCGACUGCCGCGUAAAGAAGAUGCGGUCUCGAAUAUAGCGACCAGAGAGUCACCUGAAGUAUCUAUGGCCAACUAUGCCCUUUCAGUGACUCACAAGAAACCUAAAUUGGAAAGGUCGUGGAGCCCCGGUGCCUCAGAGUUGAUCUCAGAUGCCCAAAGAAGCCAAAAUACCACACCCACGACUUCUAACACGCCUAAACCUGCGGAAACCACCGAGGACAAAGAACAACGACUAAAGGCCGAGCAAGAGUACAGACAGAAGAGGUUGUUGAACAAAAAACGUAAAGAGCAGGAGUUGUUGCUAAAGCUAGCGGAAGAUGAAAGGAAGCGUGCUGAAGAGCGUGAUCGCCAGAACGCGCAACAAAUGCAAAGGGUACAGGAGGAGAAAGCCAAGGCGGCACGUGAAGAAGAGCUCCAGCGCGCUAGUGUUGAGCUCGAGCGCAGACGUCGCAUUCGCACAAAUUACCCACUGGGGCUACGUUUGAUAGACUUUCAGGCCACAGACGACCUGACAAGUUUUCUUCCACUAUAUUACGUUGUGCUCGACGGGCGUAAGCACGUUUUAGACCUACAAAUGUGUGUCUUACUGAAGGACGUGGCGUUUCCAUCAAAGCACAGCGACGGCGGGCAUGAGGUGUCACAGACGCACAAGACGCAGAUCUGGAGCAUUUACAAAUUUAUUUUUCUAAGUGGUGGACGCCAUUCCACGGAUAGCAGCAGUUCCCAAGUCCAAAAUGCCAUCGAACUACUGCCUUUCAAGGCGCGUGCGGAGCUGGAGUCCCAGGAACGGGACCGAUUCCUACGUUUACCGCUCCACUGGAUAGCCUGGGACUCGAUCACCGUGACACGUGACCUCGAGUCCCGAAAGCCCAGCAUUCAAGACCAAAUGGUCGAGAUAAGUUUACAAACCGACGACGCCAAUUUGUCUGUGCAUUUCGAAAGUCCCUCUCGGAUUUCGAACACUCCAAGUAGCUCGUCAAAAGCUGAAGAUUUACAAACAAAUCUAAUUAUCGCAAAUCCUGCUAAAACCACACAGAAAAGACCAUUUUUCUCGGAGAAAUAUCUCCCACCCAGGCUGCGCAACCGUCCGAGCAUUACCAAUCUAUUGAAGGGCUCGUUACCGUCGUGGUAG